AGACCUCGAGUCUUUCUGGACGUGAGCAUUGGAGAAGAACCGGCGGGCAGACUCACGAUCGAGCUCUUCGCGGACAAGACUCCGAAGACGGCAGAAAACUUCCGCCAACUCUGCACCGGGGAACACAAUGGUCUCUCCUACGCCAAAGCGCCCUUCCACCGGGUCAUCGACGAAUUCAUGGUCCAAGGCGGCGACAUAGCCAGCGGCGACGGCACCGGCACGACGAGCAUCUACGAUGGCGAAUUCGACGACGAGAACCUCGACUGGCGAGAGAUGGACGCUGCGGGUCUGGUGUGCUCGGCGAAUCGAGGGAAGAAUACCAAUGGGUCGCAGUUCUUCCUCACGCUUGAGGCGUGCCCGCAUUUGAACGGGAAGCAUGCAAUCUUCGGACGACUGGUGGGUGGAGAGGAUACGCUCGCGAAGAUUGCAAAGGUCAAGGUCGAUGAAAAGGACUGUCCCGUGACGCCGGUGUUGGUGUCGAGGUGCGGAGAGCUG